AUGGCGUGCUACCUGGUCAUCAGCUCCCGGCACCUCAGCAACGGGCACUACCGCGGCAUCAAAGGCGUCUUCAGGGGACCGCUCUGCAAGAAGGGCGCUCGCUCGCCGGACUAUGCUGAGAAGGAGAAAGCUGCAGCCAAGGCUCUGGAGGAUGUGAAGGCUAACUUCUACUGUGAACUGUGUGACAAGCAGUACCACAAACACCAAGAAUUUGACAACCACAUCAAUUCUUAUGACCACGCUCACAAGCAGAGAUUGAAAGAUUUAAAACAAAGGGAAUUUGCUCGAAAUGUGGCUUCAAAGUCAUGGAAAGAUGAAAAGAAACAGGAAAAAGCACUCAAGCGGCUCCACCAGCUUGCAGAGUUACGGAAACAGUCAGAAUGCAUUGCUGGUAGUGGACCAACACUUAAAGCCCCCAGAUUAGUUGAAAAGCAGCAAUCAUCAGAUGCAUUUUUCCCCUACAAGGGUGGCAAGGUCACAGCCAAAUCUCAAAGCACCAUCACAAGUACAGGACAAGCUAUCUCCAGCAGCGUACUGGAAAAACGGCAGCUUAUCAUAAGCAGGCGCCAGUCACCUACUGAAAGACUCCACAUGCUUGGAAAUCAAGUUUUACAAGUGCUCCCAGACAGUACCAGUGCUUCUCAAAGAGCAGGAGUAUCUUUCUCAUUCUCUAAAAAAGUCCCUUUGAAGCUUGAAUCCUCAGCAUCAGUCUUCAGUGAGAACUCUGAAGAAGGAAAUGAUUAUAGUGAAUCCCCCAAUCAUAAAACAAAGCAAGUUCUUGAGAGCUGUCAUUCUGGUAUACGUUUGGAAGAGGAUGUAAAAGCAAGUCUAGAUAAAGGGACACCAAUUCCACAAGACCAAAUGGAUUUGGACAACAGUGCAUCAAGUCAUGGAGCUGUGAAACUUAAAAUGCUGAAAGAAAAUGAUAAAUGUAGUGUUAGAGAAAUAGAAGAAGUCAGUGCUCAUCCUUCACUUUCCAACGUCAAAAUGCAGUUCUCAAAUUUGGAUUUUUCAGGUUCAGUAAAAGAAACAGAACAAGAGAGCAAAUUGAAUGUGUCUGAGCAAUUGCUGGAAACACUUAUUUCACCUUCAUGCCAAGCUAGCAGUUUCUGUAUACAAUCAGAUACCUACAAGCACAGCAAUGCACACCUCUCUGAGCUCCCCCAACAGCUAUCACCUGAGCUGACAUGUGCAAGCUACAUUAAUGACUGUCCUAGCAUGGUAAAGAGAGAAGGAUCUUUAGAGACUUCAGAAAUUAAAAACAGGAAUAUGGAAACCCUUCCAAGGAAGACAGUGGUUAAAGAGGCUAAGCUCCAGGCACUGCCUUUCCUCCACGUAGUGAGCAAGGAUGGCAACACUGCUCUGCAGUGGCCAACAGAAUUACUUUUGUUUACAAAAACUGAGCCCUGUAUUUCAUAUGGCUGUAAUCCACUGUAUUUUGACUUCAGACUCUCUGUAAAUCACAGGGAUGGUAAACAGCAUGAAACAAGCAAAGAAGGCUGUAAAGAGCACUCUAUAAAUAAGACUGUGGAUGAAAAUGAACCCUCAGGUUUAAUAAAACACAAGCAAACGUCAAAUGAACAAGAUAAUCAGUUGUUGAAACCAAAGAAGAUGAAAGGUUCCCUAGAUCCAAGAAAGGCCAAGCAAAAAGCUGAGUCAGACAUAGGGAAAGAGAUGAACAGAAAUGGUCAAAAAUACAUUUCGGAUUAUUUGAAUGAAAAUAUACCCAAAGUGCCUGUCUCACAAAAGGAUUCUACCACAGAAAAAGAUCUUCAUACAACAAUACUGAAAAGAUCUUUAAGGAUUAAAAAAUCUAAGGCUGAAAAGUGUGAUUUAAUUUAUUCUGAGGAAAAACAUGAAACCCAAAAUGGCUGCAGACCCAUUCAGAAUGUUGCCAGCUGCAGCAGUGACAUAAGUGACAGUGGAAAAGAUUCCGGUGGAAGUUUCCUUAGUUAUAAAUCUGGUUCAAAUAGCAGGCAUUCAGAAAAUGAAGGAUGUGAAAGAUGUUGGAGAUUCCCAUCUCCUCAAAAAUCCUGCUCUGACAGACAUUCCAGCUAUUCUGAUACUUCAGUUAGCAGCACAAGUAGCUACAUGAACAGUUCCUCCAGUCCCACAUUGAACAAUCACAGCAGAAAUAAUUUGCUUUUUUGUUGCAAAAGAAAAACCAAGACAGAUGAAUGGCACAAAUGUAAACACAGAAAGCACAACUGUAAUUUCACUUCUGAUGAUGCAGAUAAGGAUUAUCUUUGCCAUACUAGAUGUCACAGAAGUAGAAACUGCACACAGAGGGGCACAAUUAAACAUAAAAAAUGUUCAAGACGUAAAGUUUUACAGCACAGAGAUGGUUCUAAACACAGCAGAUGUAGACACUGGCAUUUUGGCAAAAUGCACAGUAGAAGUAGAAGCUACAAUGACUCCAAAAGUUCUUCCACCACAGAUUCAAGAAGCAGAGAUCAAUCAUCUUGCAGCAGAAUAUCAAGAGAAAGCAGUGCAGGGUCUUUCUCAAAAGAAUAUGACAAUUAUGAGAACAAAACAAGAGAGGACACAGAAAGAGAUUCUAACAUCAACACAGGAAAAGCUGAAACUGCACAUUAUGAAUCUCUGAAUGGAGAUAGCCAGUCAAAAGGCUUUCCUACCUGCUCUUCAGAAACUUCAACAAAAGAUGUAUGUGGAAGAAGAAAGUCACUGACAGCCAAGUUACUGUUAGAAAGGGUGCAGUCUAAGAAAAUCCAGGAACAACUGCAUGAUUCAGAGAGAUUUUCAAACACGUUUGUUAGAGAAGUAAAGGAUCCGUCACAAAGUCACUCUGAACUUCAGUUUUCGUCAUCAGUAGAUGAUACAACGUUACCUUUGUCAGAGAAACUGCUAAACAUUGGUGAAAAUGACCAAGGGCAAAGUGGAAGUCCAUUGGAAAGUAAUGUGAAAAAAAUCAAAUGUGACACUUCACAGAUGACCCAUGUUGCUCUUUCAACAGGCACUGAUUAUGAUCACUGUCUUUUUAAAGACACUGUUCAGAUAGGAACAGGCUAUCAGAACCCGAGCAUGAAAAGGAACGCAGCAAUAAAGGAACAAACCAAUCUCUUCAUUAGUGAAGUGCAACCCUUUAUACAACGCUGUGACCCAGUACCAAAUGAUUUCCCUGGUGCUUUUCCCUCUAAAAGAUAUUCUGUUGUUGCUAAUUCAACAGAGACCAAAGAAGAACUACAUGAUGUGAACAUGGACUCAAACCGGACAGAAGGAAGUUCAGACACUGUUUGUGAUAAUGCUAUGCAGAAGUACAAUGAUACAGUAGAUGACCGGGAAGCGUACAGUAAAUCCAUCUCCCCUCCUUUAAUGCAGCAGCCUAUAAUGUUCUCACCAGAGGAAGUAGACAAAUACAGGUUGCUGCAGCUGCAAGCCCAGCAGCAUAUGCAGAAACAACUCCUGGCAAAACACCUGCAAGUUUUGCCUGCCCCAGGACCAGCUGCCCUCUCUGCAACACCAGCAGUCCCUGCCAUCCCUGUUCAGCAGCACACAACAGUCACCACCAUACACCAUACACUGCUGCAACGCUUUGCAGUCUCAGCAGCUGUACACCCCCAUGGCAGCCAUCUCUCGUUUGCACACCUCCAUCCCCUCUCUCAGGCACAUUUUGCCCCUAUAUCACUUUCUCCGUUAGCACCAGCUCUCAUUCCCACCCACCCUGCUCUGCUGACAGGACACCCAUUGCACUUGGUCUCCACCACCCCUAUUCACUCUUCCCCACUGAACUUCCCCCUACUGCCACAUACUGCAUAUAUCCCAGCCUUAUUUGCACCGCAACUGAAUGCAGCCACACCUCCUGCUAUACACCCAAAUCCCAUUGUUCAUCCAUUAUUCCAAGGGCAAGAUCCUCAUCACCAUUCUUGCUCCAGCCAGACUCAACAGUUACCUACAAUAAAAGAAGUUUUCGGUGUUUCUAGCUAUUUAAACUAG